AUGGCGUCCAGUGUUUCGCUGUCAGAGAGAAAGAUUGUGCUUUUUGGGAAAACAGGAGAUGGCAAAAGCAGCGCUGGGAAUACAAUUAUUGGAAAAAAGGUGUUCACCACUAAAGCUUCAGCUAAUUCUGUAACAGAUAAAUGUGUAAGUGCAGACAGGAUGCUAGAUGGAAGAAAGAUCACAGUGAUUGACACACCUGGAUUCUUUGACACAGAUCGUGAUGAUGAGGAGAUCAAAUCUGAGAUUGUGAAAGCUCUGACUGACUGCGCUCCAGGCAUCGAUGCUUUUGUCGUGGUCCUAAAGGUCGGAAGAUACACAAGACAAGAAAACGAGGUGGUACAGAAAAUCCUGAACACCUUCAAAGAUGAACACCUCUUAAAACACACAGUGAUCUUAUUCACUUUUGGUGAUCAACUAGAAGACCAAACCAUUGAAGAGUUUGUGAAGGCCAGUUCACAACUACAGGAGCUGGUUGAUAAAUGUGGAGGUCGCUGUCAUGUCAUCGACAACAAAUACUGGAACAACUGUUAUUCAGGGUACACGAGCAACAGGGUUCAGGUGAAAAAUCUGCUGGAGACCAUCGACAAGAUGGUGGAAGAGAACGGCUGCUACAGCAAUGAGCUUCUUCAGAUGUUGGAGAAAGAAAUUCAAGAGGAAAUGAAAAAGAAUAAGAACUUGCCUCCAGAAGAGCAACGAGAAAGAGCAAAGGAAAUAGAGCUGGUUGAUAAAUGUGGAGGUCGCUGUCAUGUCAUCGACAACAAAUACUGGAACAACUGUUAUUCAGGGUACACGAGCAACAGGGUUCAGGUGAAAAAUCUGCUGGAGACCAUCGACAAGAUGGUGGAAGAGAACGGCUGCUACAGCAAUGAGCUUCUUCAGAUGUUGGAGAAAGAAAUUCAAGAGGAAAUGAAAAAGAAUAAGAACUUGCCUCCAGAAGAGCAACGAGAAAGAGCAAAGGAAAUAGUUCAUGGAACAUUUCUUAAUCAGCUUGGAGGAGCAUCAACAGGAGUGGUGAUCGGUGCUCUUCUGGGAGCAUGUGUUGCAGUAGCUUUUGUUUAUACUUUAUUAAAACCAUUGGCAAGAUGUAUUUCUAAAAGAGGUGCAGUAGUAGUGACAGAAAAUGUAGGGGAAACAGGAGUGGAAUGUAAACUUGUGGCUUCAAGUGGAGUAAGAGUAGGAGGAGCAGUAGCAAAAGCAGGAUUAGUUGUUAUUGGAGUCGCAGCUGUUGUAGGAGCUGCUGGAGGAGGAAUCACUGGAUGGAAAGCAGCAGAAGAAGCUGAUUCAGUGUGUGACGCCAUGAUCAAGGCAGCACAGCUUAACUACGAGUGA